UAAACUCGGAUAAAUUUCGGAUACAUAUGAAUUAAAUUUAAUCAAAAUUUAAUCAUUCACAAAUAUAUGUAAUAUAUCCCUUCCAUAAUGAAUAAUGUGUGAAAAUUCAAUUUUAGCUAACUUCGUUAUAUAUGUAUUAGUAAUUAGCAAUCAUCAGAGUUGGUUAACUUGGAGUUACUAGUGUCUGAUUAACUCAGCCUCUGCUUAGUGCUCAUUCGAACGACCUCUAAUCACCUUGGUAAUAUUCUUAAAUAAACAUGGCACCAAUUUCUCAAACAUCCGUUUUAAUGAAAGUCAGCAAAGGAUUUAGUAAACGAUUUUUCUCAACGACACGGAUUUUGGGAGCAAAGCAGAUGACAGUUCGAGAUGCCCUUAAUUCUGCAUUAGAUGAAGAAUUAUCGCGGGAUGAACGAGUUUUUGUUAUGGGAGAAGAAGUUGCUCAGUAUGAUGGUGCUUACAAAAUUACCAGAGGUCUACUCAAAAAAUACGGGGAGAAACGAAUCAUUGAUACACCAAUUACUGAAGCUGGGUUUACAGGAAUGUGUGUAGGUGCAGCAUUUAAUGGAUUACGACCAGUAUGUGAAUUUAUGACUAUGAAUUUUGCAAUGCAAGCCAUAGAUCAAAUAAUUAAUUCAGCAGCAAAGACUUUCUACAUGUCAGCUGGCCGAGUUAAUGUACCAAUUGUAUUUCGAGGUCCAAAUGGAGCAUCUGCUGGUGUUGCUGCACAACAUUCACAGUGUUUUGCUGCGUGGUAUGCACAUGUACCUGGAUUAAAAGUAAUUACACCUUAUAGUGCUGAGGAUGCUCGUGGUUUACUAAAAGCUGCAAUUCGUGAUCCUGAUCCUGUGGUAUUUUUGGAACAUGAAUUAUUAUACGGUGUACAAUUUCCAGUAUCGGACGAAGCGUUAGAUAAGGACUUCGUUUUACCCAUAGGCAAAGCAAAGGUAGAAAGAGCAGGAAAACAUGUGACACUAGUAUCAUUUUCAAAGGGGACUGAAACAUGUUUAGAAGCAGCUAAAGAUUUACAAGCAAAGGGGAUUGAAGCAGAAGUUAUAAAUCUAAGAUCAGUACGACCACUUGAUAUUAAAACAGUAGAAGAUUCAGUAAAAAAAACACAUCAUCUAAUAACCGUUGAACACGGAUGGCCUACAAGUGGUAUUGGGGCUGAAGUAAUUGCUCGAAUAAUGGAAAGUGAAGCUUUCUUCCACUUAGAUGCACCUGCAUUACGAGUAACAGGUGUCGAUACACCAAUGCCAUACGCAAAAACUUUAGAAGAUGCCGCGAUACCAGUUGGUCAAGAUGUAGUGAAAGCUGUAACUAAAAUCUUAAAAGCUUAAGAACUUUUAUAUAAAAAUAUUCGUGUAUAAAGAACAAUUUAUUAAUCGGUGAACUUCUAUUUGAAAAGUGACAAUAAGUUGAAAAAGCGAUAAUUUUAUUAAUAUGUAAAUAUGUAGUUCAAUUUUUAACACCAUUAAAUAUUUCAGAAGUUUAUAAUUUUAUUUUUAUUCUAUGUAAAAAUGUAUACAUUUUGUUAAAUAUAAAUGAUGUCCCCAUGUUUUAAUAAA